AAUAUAAAACUCGUCGGUCUAAGAACUGCCAGUUAAUGUUCAGCGGUUGCACGUGGUUACACGCGCCGCCUUAUCGCUGUGCAAUCUCCUCUUGGCCGCUUUACAGACUCCGCUGCUGUAAAGUUCCUAUGGUUAACUCCGUCCGAAUCGCCAUCGUCGGCGACGUCCAUGAUGAUUGGAGUUUAGAAGAAGAUACCAAGGCUCUGCAACUGUUAAAGCCGGAUCUGGUGAUGUUUACAGGUGAUUUUGGUAAUGAGAAUGUAGAUCUGGUUGAAAGUAUUUCAAAACUUGAUUUUUCAAAAGCAAUUAUUUUGGGGAACCAUGAUGCCUGGAAUACCCAGAAGUUCUCAGCAAGUUUCAUUCAAGAUUUAACUUACAUAUAUCACGUCUUUGUGCUGCUUGAUUUCCAUCUUCCCUCUGUACUCUUCCCACGUAGUAAAGAGAAAGAUCCAACACCAUUUUUGCCUCCAUUUGAGUAUAAUGUGUUGUCAGAUGCUGUUCAACUCCAGCUUGAAUUCCUUGGUGAUGAGCAUGUUGGUUAUGGACGAAUUGAUUUCCCAAAUCUGAAGUUAAGUAUUGUUGGUGGACGGCCUUUUUCUUGUGGCGGUGAGCAUUUAUUCCGGAAAAAACUUCUUACUGCCAGAUAUGGCGUCCACGACAUGGAUGAAAGUGCAAAGAAGAUUUACGAAGCUGCUUUAGGAACUCCUGCAGAUCAUUCUAUUAUAUUUCUUGCUCAUAAUGGGCCCUCAGGUCUAGGUUCCAACGUGGAUGAUAUCUGUGGAAGGGAUUGGAUUCCUGGAGCCGGAGACCAUGGGGAUCCUGAUUUAGCGCAUGCAAUAUCUCAAUUGAAAGAGGACACCAAAUUGCAAAUCAAGUUGGUGGUGUUUGGUCACAUGCAUAAAAACUUGGCAUAUGGACAAGGACUUCGGAAAAUGAUAGCCAUUGCGGAUGACAACACUAUAUACGUUAAUGGGGCUGUUGUUCCGAGGGUCAAAACAAUGGGCAAAGAACAAGUAAACUAUGCAACGAGCUCUAACCCUGAGAAAACCUCAGCCAUGACAUCAGAUCUGGGAGGCACCAAACGAGCCUUCACCAUAGCUGACAUAUUUGAUGGCAAUUUGGAGAAAGUUGCUGAAACUUGGGUUUCAGUCACUGGAGAACAGGUUAAAAUAGAAGACGAGCUCAUUAUAUUUAGCAAAGCAGCUGAGAGCUCCAAGCACUCUUCAUGUUCGGUUUUAUAGAUUGACUGAGCACGACCGUCAGUAUUGUGUAUGAGGCUUUGUAUAUUCCUAUGAUACUUCCAACUAUCUAUUUCAGGUUUUAGCAACCCUAUACCGGCCAAAGUUAUGUAUCAUUAAGACCUUGAUCUGCUCGGAAAUGAAUGCUUAUUCCUGCAAA